AUGAGUGAAGUCUUGGUGGAGGACUUAGUGGCCUAUUUCUAUAAAGCUUUGGAUCAACUUAAGGAAAUCUGGGACUUCAUUGGGAUUCCAGAAGAUCAAAAGCUUCAGAGGCUUAAAGUUGUUUCAAAACAUGUCCAAGGCCUCUUGGACAUGAUGAUUGAAGAAGAAAAGAACCUGAAGGAGGGGAUCCUAAAAAAAAUUGAUUUGAAUCGAGAAGAACAGAACAUUCUACUCAAAGAGUUAAAACUGGAGCCAGUUUUAGAAGUAAAGGAUAUUACAUUCUUGGAGCUAGAGAAAAAUCUUCAAACACAGAUAAAAGAGUUGAAAAGAAAGAAAAAAGAAAGGAUAAAAGAACAAAAACUACUUCAAGAACAAGACCAAAAAUUGUGUGAGAUUCUUCAAGUGCUACCAUACAAUCUUGACAGUGAUUCAGUCCUCAGCACAGAGGAGCUGAAUCAGUUCAGAAAUCACCUAGCAGCCCUGGAGAAAACAAAGGCAAGCCGAUGGGAAACAUUUGUCAGUACAAAGAAGCAGAUCCUACUUUAUAUGGAAGAUCUGGACCAUACCCCAGAAACGAAUUUUGAGAGAGAUGUGGUAUAUAAGGAGGAAGAGACCUUUUGUUUGUCAUUGGAGAACAUAACAGCCCUAAAAAAUCUGCUUUUACAGCUAGAAAUAAAGAAAGCUGAGACCGAAGCUGCGUGUGAAGGGCUACUCUCACAGAUCAGGGAGCUCUGGGAAUGGUUAUACAUAUCUGUCCAGGAGAGGGAAGCUCUGGCCAUGCUCAUGACUGGAUCCAAGACCAAGAUCAGAAAAGUGCUACAAUCAGAAUUGGAUCGAUUGGAGAAGCUGAAAGUUGAGAACAUGAAAAAAAUGAUUGAAGAAAUCAGGGUGGAGCUGGCACUAUAUUGGGAAAAAUGCUUUUACAGCCAGCAAGAAAAGGAAGCCUUUACUCAUUAUUGUGAAGAGGACUACUCAGAGACCUUACUUCAGUUCCAUGAUGCAGAAAUUGUGAAGCUAAAACAGUAUUAUGAGAAGCACAAAGAACUCUUUGAAGGUGUUCAGAAGUGGGAAAAGAACUGGAAACUUUUCCUGGAAUUUGAGAGAAAAACUUCAGAUCCAAGCCGGUUUAUGAAUCGUGGUGGAAAUCUCUUGAAAGAAGAAAAGCAACGAUCCAAGUUCCAAAAAACACUUUCUAAGCUGGAAAAGGAGCUAAAAGCACAGAUUGAAAUGUGGGAAAAAGAAUAUUCUAAGGCUUUUGUGGUAAAUGGCCAGAAAUUCACAGAAUAUGUGAUGGAACAGUGGGAGAGCUUUCAUUUGAAGAAAGACAAAGAAAAGAUGCAGCGCCAACUAAAGAAGAACCAGCAAACAGGAGCAGAGCUGCAUAGCACCAGAUUCAAAACAAUCUGCAAGAAGCAAGAACUGGGGCCCAAUGCAUUAGGCAAAGCCUGCAAAGGUAACAAAACUUGACCUUGUUAAAAGGUCAAAUACUAGUCACAGAAGAAUCAUUUGGAAAGAUAAUAGAAAUGACAUUCGAAAUGGCUGCUUGCUGGCUUGUUAAGGUUAAUCUAAGUUGGUUAAGCUAAGUACAGAACGGUUCAU